CUCAACAACGCAUAUCGGCCCAAAGACCUCCAAUGCUUGCGGCAUACAUUCAUCAUUCUAGUGCAACUGGCGCAGAAGUUUGAGUCCUUGCUACUAGCCGAGGCGUUGUCCACUUUCUGGGACCAUACCAAGAGCAAGAUUAAUCGCCACGAGAAAAGCGAGUACUUGGCAGACUGGAAGAAGGCAGCGGAAAAGGUUCAAGAAUCGCAUGCAACCCGCCCUUUGGCUGCUUUCAUCCAACAGCGUCGUGGCCGAGCACGGCCGGCACCUGCUGUAAAAUAUGGACAUCGCAAAGUGAAUUUUCGACUUGAAGUCCCAGCUUUCGCGAACCCAGCAUGUGCGCUUCCCGCAAUUGCACCCGUCAGAUACCCUCGAGACGAGUAUUUCGACAAGCUGAACAAGAUCCAGUAUCAGCAGCGGGAGAUGAAGGAAACACUGGAGAAUGUGAAGGGAAAGCUUGACCGGCUCAUA